CUUUCUCAAAAACAUCUUAUCAUCAAAAUCUCAAACAUAUAUUUUCUAAGCACAAAAAAAACUACAGUUAGAUAAGAGUCUUUUAUUAUAUUAGAAUACAUGAAAUUUACAACAUUAGCAUUCAUUUUCUUUGUUCUAUCGUUGGUGGCUCCAAUAUAUGGAGGGAUUGUUAAAGUUUCGUGGGGCGAGAAGAAAGUGGCAUGCACCGUGACAGAAUUGCAACCAUGCCUACCAUCGGUGAUAGACGGAAGCCAACCAUCAACUCAAUGUUGCGAAAAAUUGAAAGAACAAAAUUCAUGUUUUUGUGAUUACUUGCAAAACCCACAAUUUAGUCAAUAUAUUACAGCUGCUAAACAAAUCUUAGCGGCUUGUAAAAUACCUUAUCCUAAUUGUUGAAGUGUUAAAUAUUUAUAAAAUAGUCAUUAAUAAUGUAAAAUUUAUAAAAAUCAUAUAAAAUAAUGUUGAUCAUUGGAGUCUAUUAAUAUGAUGUCAUGAUUUAACCUGAUUCAA